AUGCCGCAGCUGCCGGGGGCCGGGGGCGGCGGGGGGGACCCGGAGCUCUGCGCCACCGACGAGAUGAUCCCCUUCAAGGACGAAGGGGACCCCCAGAAGGAGAAGAUCUUCGCCGAGAUCAGCCACCCCGAGGAGGAGGGCGACCUGGCCGACAUCAAGUCCUCGCUGGUCAACGAGUCCGAGAUCGCGCCCGGCGCCGAGGUUUCCAGGCAGACUCCAGCACAGGAUUCCUAUCAUGACAAGGGCAGGGAGCACCCCGAGGAAGGAAAGCAUCCUGACGGCGGCUUGUACAGCAAGGGACCAUCGUACUCUGGUUACUCGGGGUAUAUCAUGAUGCCAAAUAUGAACAACGACCCGUACAUGCCUAACGGAUCUCUGUCGCCACCCAUCCCCAGAACAUCCAACAAGGUGCCAGUGGUACAGCCUUCUCAUGCAGUUCACCCUCUCACCCCCCUUAUCACCUACAGCGAUGAGCACUUUUCCCCAGGCUCCCACCCAUCUCACAUCCCCUCCGACGUCAGCUCCAAGCAAGGCAUGUCCAGGCAUCCUCCAGCUCCUGAUAUCCCCACCUUCUAUCCCUUGUCUCCAGGGGGGGUUGGACAGAUAACACCACCUCUUGGCUGGUUUUCACAUCACAUGAUUCCUGGUCCUCCAGGCCCUCACACAACUGGAAUCCCUCACCCAGCUAUUGUAACACCUCAAGUGAAACAAGAACAUCCGCACAACGACAGUGAGCUAAUGCAUGUGAAGCCUCAGCACGAACAGAGAAAAGAACAAGAGCCAAAAAGACCUCAUAUUAAGAAACCUCUGAAUGCUUUCAUGUUGUACAUGAAAGAAAUGAGAGCGAACGUUGUAGCAGAGUGUACUCUGAAAGAAAGCGCAGCUAUCAACCAGAUUCUUGGCAGAAGGUGGCAUGCUCUCUCUCGUGAAGAACAAGCAAAAUAUUAUGAACUAGCUCGUAAAGAAAGGCAGCUACACAUGCAGCUUUAUCCAGGCUGGUCUGCAAGAGACAACUACGGGAAGAAAAAGAAGAGGAAGAGAGAAAAGUUGCAGGAAUCAGCAUCAGGUGGGAAAAGAAAUGCUUUCUCAACUUGCAAAGCAAAGGCGGCGACACCAGGACCCCUGCUGGAGAUGGAAGCUUGUUAAACCCUAGGUGUGUCCUUCAUCCACACAGACCACCCCCAAGGAGUCUGUCUAGGAUGUCAUUCACCCUGAUGUCACUGCUAAAGACACUGAAUCAUAAAGACAAUCACUGCCAAAAUCCUUCACUAUCACGAGGUCCAGCCCUGAUAUAAAUAGAGCAAAUAAGCUCCUGGGUCAGCAGAGCAGCUUUUGUCUUCACUCCACCUCUGCCUUGCACUCUUAAGCCCUCGUCUCAUCUGUGUCCAUGUUGAUUCAGCAAACAAAGUAGCGUGGCUGUCUCUGCCUGCUUCAGCCAACAGAGUAACUUAGAGCACCGCUGCCCCAUACAGCACAUCGAGGAAUGGAAUUUGCCUGGACCAGGACAACACACUCAAAACUUCUUUUUAUUUAAUGGUGCGACAGGAUCAAUUUUGGUUUUAGCUUUUUUAAGAAACUUGAAUGCUUUCAUAUUUUAACUUUUAGUUUGUAAUUUCCUUGGUGUAUAUUUUACUAGGUAUGAGCUUUUAAACAACUGUCAAAAAUCUGAACUACUUUUUAAAUAAAGGGGUUUAUUUUCCUUUUUUUUUUUUUUUUUUUUUUUUUCCUGCCAGAGGAAAAGCCUGUAUGGAAAAAAGGUGGCUUUUUUGUUAAACUACUUGUAACAAAUAGUGGCCUCUCAGUCUAUAUAAUACAGUGUCAUAUAGAACUAAAUAAAUGUAACAACAGUCAGCUGGUCAGUAGCAAUGUCAGUCUUGCAUCACCUCCUCUGUAAAAAUAAGCAAUACAUCCAGCAAAUCUGACUGCAGUGAGUUCUCCUUCUCACCCAUCACCCUUCUCCUUGUAAAAAGCCCAGCACUUGAAUUAUUACUUCAAUUGUUCUGUAUUUGUAUCUGUUUUUGUUAGCCUGUUAGUGGGAUUUUAUGCCAGUUGUUGAAAUGAGCAUUGAUGUACCCAUUUUUUAAAAUAGUAAGGCACAGCCUCGGCCAAAAAUACUGUCAAUCUGUUUGUUUUUUUUUUGUCAUUCCAGUUUGAGUUAAUGUGCUGAGCAUU